UUGCUCCGAAGGGCCCGAAGAUCACAAUGACCCCGACGAGAGCCCGCGUUGGAGACACUGUGCGGAUUUUGGUGCAGGGUUUCCAGAAUGAAGUCUUCCCUGAGCCCCUCUUCACCUGGACACGGGUGGGGAGCCGGCUCCUCGACGGUAGCACCGAGCACGACGGCAAGGAGCUGGUCCUGGAGCGGGUGCCGGCUGAGCUCAACGGUUCCAUGUACCGCUGCACCGCCCAGAACCCCCUGGGCUCCACUGACACCCACACCCGGCUCAUCGUUUUUGAAAACCCAAAUAUUCCCAGAGGAACAGAGGACUCCAACGGUUCACUUACCAGCCACUGCGGCUUCAGACUAGUUUUGGCACUCACCCUUACAGUGAUCCUGGAGCUAACGUGAAGCUUUGCCUGCCUCUUCCUCCUCCUCCUCUUCCUCCGUACGGCUCCACCUGGCAUUUACACCUCCAUCAAGCGGUUCUCUCGCGCUCUCUUUUUUUCUUUUCUAUACUAUUUACAGUCUCGGUCUCUUUCUGUCUGUGUCUUGGCUUCCUCAGACAAUUUAAUUAAAAGGAAAAA